GUUCGUCACGUAUUUGGCUAAGACAAACAACUUUCCACGCGCGCGGAAAAACGUUUCAUAUGCAAACGACUGUAACGACACUGCGGUAGUUCGCUCUCACCAUCCGGUACUUCAUCUGCGACAGGUUCAAGCACGUUCAGUGAGUCUCAUCGUCCAGGAGUCGAGCUCACAUCUCUACUGAGAUCAGAUGACUGUUAGUGCGAAGGUUUUUCUAUAGCGCCUGGCAACGCACCACUCGGGAAUGGAAGGCGCGCAAUACUUUUGUUUAUGACGUCUCGUAGAACAUCUCGCAAGCCCAUCCGGGAUAUAUCUCCGGAGCUACAAUCCACCCUUUUCCUGGCGGAGUAAGAAGUUGAUCUGGGUGUCAACCAAGUCUCUCAAAACCUGACGCUCAAACUUAGAGUUAGAGGUGGCUCGGACCAGAUGAUAUUUCUCCAGAAGGUAGCUUCCCGGAAUGUCACAUUGUACGCCCCGACCGAGUCGGAUCCAGAGAUGGGAGCAACAUAGGCCAAGGAUGAAGGCAAAGGACAUCAUGAGCGAUGGGUUUCAAGUCCAUGUCAAGACCAGGAAGAACAAAGCCAUUGACCAUUCCAUACAUGUCUAUAUCGAGGCUUGCGUGGCACAACAAUCACUUGCAGUACCACACCCACGCAACACUCUCCCGUAGAACGUCAACAGAGUAUGAGUCUUCGUACCCACUCUCGGCGUCCGCUAAGGGACGAGGAGCCCUUGUAGAGCCUGAACCUCAGCUCCGACGUCAACUUCGCCAAAUAUGUGUAUGUCGGCAGCAGCGCCCAACAACACAAAAACACAAGCCAAAUUGUGACCUCAUGCAUACACGUCCAUCCGUGUUGGAUGAAUUGAGUGGAGAAAGAAUCGUGACGCUGAUCCGAAUCGCAAAAUGGAGAUCCUAGCGAACAGAAAGAUUUGAGUAGGGGUUUUAUGAUACGGCCCCAGAGCUCAUUUCUGCCUGGUCAGAGAUUGCUCCACCUCGAGCGCCGGCCCCGCAGAAGACGAAGCCAACAGCGUUCGGCUUAUUCCGCCCUAGCCCUCGCAUGUUGGUGACAGCACCCCAGCAUCUAUUAUCUUCUAUAAACUUCGUGAUAGGCAACGUAAGCAAUGCUUGGAUAGAAUCCCCUGAGAAAUCUGAAGAAAGACAGCCCGAAAUAAGGAGUGGACAAGGGGCACUCGAUACAGAGCGCGGCGCGAAGCCUCUCGUGGGAGUGUGGAACCCAGCGCCACUUUGAUCUCUGGGCUCAUAAAACUCUGCCCCCCAAGUCAUCGAAACGCCCGUAUCAUAAAACCCCUAGUACGCACUUCACACGGAGCAGGAGCUGGAGGACCGAUAAUUUGAGCGCUAUGAGGCAUAUAGGGAGCGCCAGGUGGGUCUAUGGUU